GUGGCCCCACAACCGCCGUUGUUACUGUUCUUUCAGCAGUUGUCUGUAAGCUUACGCCACUAUGUAACUCCUCUCUUGUUAAAGCGGCUUCACCCGUAGUUAAAUUUUCGGUUUAAUCUAUUGCGAGCACAUUAAAACGCGCGCAUUUGACGCAAAAGCUAUAUAAAGCGAUGGCAUUCGGCUAAAACUUGUGAUCACUUGAUUGUAGAGCACGACCGGUAGCUUCUACCUGAAAUAGUUGGCGUAGUUGCUCGCAACGUGAAGUACAGCUGCCAUGCGGCUCCACACUAAGAAAUUGCAUACUAUUGUGUGGCUUGUCCUUGGAGUUAGUGGUGCGGACAUCGUUUUAGCCGGUGGAUCAAGUCGACAGGAAAAGGUAACAACUAAAGCUAGCUUCCAAUCUGAGAGAACUCCGGCAACUACUGCGUCUGCAAGUAGCGCCGUGAUUCAAACAGUAGAAGCGCCGAUCGCAACAACUCUAAUGGAAAAAGCGGACGCGCCUAUUAUUGCACCACCUUCAAAUAACUCACCAGUUGUCUUAAAUAAGAUACUCGUUUCUCAGUCAGCGCCUCAACUUGUGCCUAUUGCAUACGAGUUCUCUUACGGAACGCCUUCGCAUUCGCACGUACAGAACAAGCAACCUGAUGGUAUUAUUAAAGGGCGUUACGUGAUACAUGCUCCGGACGGCCAGCAUCGUACGGUGGAUUAUGUAGCAGAUAAAGGGGGCUUUCGGGCUGGUGUUGCCACGAAUGAACCAGGAACGGAAACUACACUUGAAGGAGCUAGCAAGAUUGUGUCAUCUGCUAUGAAAGCGGUAGACGCAGCUCUGAAAUUUGGCCCACGACACCCUAGUAAAAAUGCCCAAACAAUAAAGCAAGUUCCACUACCAAUGGGAGUUGCCCCGGUACGUCAACCCACCCCUGUUUCUCCCGUAAAGCCGAUGCCACAUCAUGAAGAAAUGUCACCCCAAUCCUAUAAGCCUGUAGCGCAGAUUCAGCAGUCGCCAGCUGAAGGUUCUGCUCAAUUUGCACCCGUGCGCAUCGUCGACAUUCAACCGCUGCCUACGCCGCUUGUUAGAAUUGCCCAGUUCGAACAACCGUCUCCAACAUCAAGGAUUGAAGUCGUACGUCCACACUCGAUGGCUUCGCCUGCUCGAAUAGAUGAACCUCCACUUCCGCUACUUGAGCCGUUUCCACCUUUGCCAGCUGAUAAUGCUGUUACCACCGUCAUCAAGCCAGUCACGCUUAGUCCUCCUCCAACGAAUCCGUCUGCUACAGUAUUGCACCUAUCUCCGCAUUUUGCAAGCUCGGCCCAGAUUAUUUCUGAUUUGAUUCCUCGUGUCGAAAUCAUUCCGCCUCAGCCUGCCUUGUUUCAUCGGCCAGUAGUGCAUACCGUUUCCGAAGUGUCGCAAUCCUCACCACCUCAGCUGCUGGGUUUGGAGCCUUCUCGAUCUUUUCCCCCAAUCGACGUAGAGAUCAGCCGGCUACCAGCUCAGCCUCCGGGUCGAGUAACUGCCCAGCCGUCUCAUUCUAUAGCACAGCCUCCGACCCGGGUUGAGAUCAUCCGUCCGACAGUAGUUAACACUGGUUUCACAGCUCUGGAACCAACACAACAGUUAGUAACACCUGGACCAGUCUCGACAAUCGGCAAGAAUAUUGCUCGAGUCUCAUCUCUUGAAUCAAUAAACGAUGCACAAAUAUUUGAGGUGAAAACAAAGGUCGUACCCGUUGACAGAGCGCUACCCCCAACGCCACUCUCUACUCCGGUUACGGAGAGCGUCGUCACCUUGCCUCAACGUAACAGCCGCCACCUUCUCGCUCCGCCUAAACCUCAGCCUCACGGAUCUGGUUCCGUAAAGAUGAAUCACUUCACAGCAGGUCAGCAGGGCCUGACGCAUCCUAUGGGGAUUCUAAGGAAUCUACCAGCGACAGCAAAUAGAAUACCGUCGCAUCCAGAACCGAUUCGUUUUCCCGAAUCAGUUGUCCUUGUGGCUAUAUCACCUUACGCGCCUUCACCGACUAACUUAUCACGAUCCAAUCAGAAUCUCGGAAACAACGAGAGCAUCCGCAAAUUUUUCAGCCUUUCGCCCUCUAAAAGUGAACAUCAAAUUGCGGUGAACAAGUUCUUUUCGAAUAUUAAACAACAUCAUCUUAACGAAGUCAAAAUGGUAAAAAAGCACGAGGAUCACCUUCAGGCUGUCGCAUCAAGAGUGUUGCCAUUCUUUCAUAUACGUUCCGUAGGGUCUAUGAGUCGACCGCGAAUGCCUGCCUUUGGGGCUAAUAUUUUCAGCGUGCUCCACUGAAUAAAUCAUUCCAUAAUACGAAAAAACGCAAUAAUGUUUGCCAAAAAAUAGAAAUGAAGUAGCGACCCAGUAUCCGGUUCAGCGGUAUUAAUUUCCAUGAGUAAGGCCACACAAAUCCUGCGUGAGCAGUCCUUGUCGAUGUGUCGUGCAUUACUACGCACCAAAAAAUCAUUUAUAUCCUAACGAUUGUCUUAGUGGUUUUCUCUUAUUGACUAUAUUAAAAAUUGACCAAUAUUAUUUGUAAGUCAAUUGAGACCGAUAUCACUUUUGAGGAGCCCGGUCAUCAUUAUAUGGAAAGAAGCUAGGUAUGAACUCACAGUGAAAUGUAGAACUUUUGUUUUGAAAUUGUUAUGCGUCUAUUGACCGGGUCACAUGUAAAUAGUCGUCUAUAUCAGCUUCUCCCUGGCGGAGAUCGUAAAAAUAAGACUAAUUUAUAUCUUGAUUACUUAUUUUAACUUUCAACAUGCCAAGUGAUAUUUAUCCUACACAAGAUGAAAAAUAUUUCCGAACCACACUUCCUUAACAGAAGAUAUUUGCAAGUGGAUAGCUUCUGUUGAACUGUAGUAGUUAAACACAUAAAUGGAAUUUUGUAAUAAAAAACUUAAAAAAUCUC